AUGCCUUUGUGGGACAGGAGUCAGGGUAAGCGCCCUUCGACUGCAGCCAAGUCAGCUACAGCAGAGACAUAUCCGACGCUUAUUGGGCGUGUAACUGAUGGCGACUUGGAUGCAAUUGACACCGUCCUCGAGAGAUGGCCAAAAUUCUCCAAUGACAGGAAAACUGCCGUAUGCGCUGCCGUUCUCCGACACCUAGACGCCCCAUUUCCCUCGCCGUCUUUUUUGAACACUUCCGAAAGGAGGAAGACAUUAGAACGCUCGGCCGGGGCACUGGACGUAUUCCACAACCUCAUCGUCUCCGCUAAAGCCGACAGCUCGGAGUCGUUCAUGAAUGAUGCGUCGAGGAUAGCUAUCGAGCAUCUCGAGCCUAUAAUCUCCUGGCAUCGAUUCACUACGCUUCGGGGCCUACACACAAUGUCGAACCUCCUCUACCUCCUCUUCGAUCUCAUAUCUCUCACGGAAGACCUGCAGCUGGCGCUACUUUCGUCUCGCUGUGCUAUGGAUGCCCUUGUCACCUUCGCCUCUUCCAGCAUCGAUCUUAUGGCGCAUGAUGACCUCCCAGAGUUGUUUCUGUACCUCCUCCAUCACUGCACGACACACAAGGUAUCCCAGCGCUUGCUCUUCGAUGCUAUCCUUGAUUCGCCACGGUCUUCCCAGAGGCGGUUCUUGGCCAAUGUGGUAUCACUCAUAGAUUUUGCCUCCAUCGCCGUAGCAAAAGCCCCCAAGAGCGGACGGAAGCCCAUUGACCUCGUUCGAUUCUUUAUCUUUCUUCAAGCUACGUUCGACAACUUUUCCAAAGAAUGGAAAUUCAGUCCUUUCCUUCUCGAGCAGGGAUACAUCGCCAAGUACCUGGACCUUGUCCUCGGUGACCUUCCAAGGAUUCGGCGCUUGGCGGACCGUUGGGAGGACGUGCCGCCCAUGCUCGAUGCCAACCUCCUAUUGGCAACGUUCAAAUGGACCCACUUCCACCGUGCGCACACCUCCAAGUUAAUCCACCAGGUCGUCCAAGGGGGUCUACUGGUCAGGGCAAUAGAACUGCUCACUUUGGCGAGGGGGGAAGCCGACGUCAACGUCCUCGAUACGAUAAUCUCCCACAUCACGGGAUAUCUGCCAUUCUCCGACCGAUUGUGGACUGCGCUGGAGUUUUGGGACGACUACAUCGACGAGUCCCUUGUGGAGUGCUUAAUGAACCCUGAAGAACCGGGCCACGAGACAUGGACGAAGUUCAUAACCUCUGUGGAAAUUCAGCGAUACGUGAUGGAUGCACAGGAGUCUUGCCCGGUCACUUGGGUGAACUGUCAGAAUAUGUCUCAUCUCGACCCUGCUUACAGCAAUCCCAAUUCCGACGAUGACGACAUCAAGUCGUGUUCGCAGUGCCAUUCUGUUGUCUACUGUUCCGAUGAGUGUCAGAGAGAGGAUUGGAAACGCGUUCAUCGGUUCGAAUGUGACAAUCUCCGCGAUGCGCACUACGAACUAAAGAAGGAACGGCUUUGGGUGCCGUGGUACGUUCGACUUCGGACCAUGGCUGCGUCGUCAAGGAUUGUUCCCACCUUCUACCACAGAGGGUUCGCACGGGAGGAGGGCGCUGAAUCAAUUCACGUCGUUGGAUUCUUCGCAAACGACGGGCACGAUAUCCUCCCUCUGGAGAAGUAUUACGCGCAGGCAAGGGGAUUCAAGGGAUGGUCUCCGAAUCGAUUCGAAAGGAUCGUUGAAGAGGUCGUUUCACGGGAUAUGCGACUUUACUCUUUCUUAUUCCCAUUCGGAUUUUCGAGGAUACACAUGCUGUGCAUUUUCGAUCGGGGGAUAGGGGAAAAGGAGCCGAGAAUGCACCAUGUGAUGUCGCUUUUGGAGUAA